AUGGAAGAGUACGAAGCUUGCAUUCUUGGCAUAAUGCUACCUAUUGACAUGAAUAUCCAAUAUUUGCUGGAACAACCCUUUCAUUGCUCUCAUGUCGAAGCGGAACCAGAUGGAAAGCCUUGGUAUUGUGAUAUAAAGAAGAAACUGGAGACUGGAACUUAUCCAAAAGAUGCAACAUCCAAUAAGAAGAAGGCAACACGUCGAUUGGCUAGCAAUUUCUUUCAAAGUGGAGAAUUGCUUUAUAGGAGGACUCCAGAUUUAGGACUUCUUAGGUGCGUAUAUUCCGUGGAAGCUACAAGACUUAUUGAGAAAGUACAUGCUAGAGCCUGUGGACCUUAUAUGAACUGUCUUACCUUGGUAAAGAAGAUCCUUCAAGAUGCAUCACCUAGGUCAUUCGUGGCCUGGGGGAUGGAUGUCAUUGGCCCAAUUGACCCACUCGCCUUUAAUGGACAUAGGUUUGUUUUGGUUGCCAUUGAUUACUUCACCAAGUGGGUGGAAUCAAGUUCUUAUAAAUCUGGGACAAAAAAGGUAGUAGCUGAUUUUGAUCGUAACAACUUGAUAUGUCGAUUUGGACUACCUGAUUCCAUUAUUACGGACAAUGGUGCAAACCUCAAUAGUCAUUUCAUGAAGGAGAUAUGUGAGCAGUUUAAGAUUACUCACCGAAAUUCAACUGCUUAUCGUCCUCAGAUGAAUGGAGCCAUUGAAGCUACCAAUAAGAACAUAAAAAAGAUUUUGAGAAAGAUUAUUGAUAAUCAUACAGGUUGGCAUGAGAUGUUACCAUAUGCUUUGUUGGGAUACCGAACAACCGUUAGAACAUCAAUUGGAGCAAUUCCAUACUUGCUAGUACAUGGGACAGAAGUAGUGAUACCCGUUAAAGUUGAAAUACCUUCAUUGAGGAUCAUUCAAGAAGCCAAAUUAACCGAUGUUGAUUGGGUUCGUAAUCGUGUUGAAUAUUUAGCCUUAAUUGAUGAACAGGGGAUGACCGUUGUUUAUCAUGUCCAAUUAUAUCAACAGGGAAUGAUUCGUGCUUUCAAUAAAAAAAGUGAGAUAUCAAACAUUUAA